AUGGCCGAACUUGCUGCCCUCGGCGUCGCAGCCAGUGUACUUCAGGUUGUCGAUUACGGUACCCGUUUCCUCACCACGCUAUACCAAGUCAGACAAUCGAAACAUGACUUUCUCAAUAAUCUUCAAAAUCUACACUGCUCAUCAAGCAAUCUUCGCGAUGCCCAGCAUGAGCUUCAGACCAUUUGUGACUCCGGAUCAAACACUGAUGCAGCGAUAUCGUCUCUCGCCAAGAAGGGUGAAGCCAUUGCAAAAGAAAUGCUUGACUCGUUGAAGCGCAUCGAGGAAAAUAGCCACGGGCGGAAGCGCGACGCAGUGAUCAAAACAUGGCUGAUCAUCUUGAAGGAGGACAAGUUGAAGGGCCUCGAAGGCAGGUUGACAGAGGUCAAGGCAGACUUGACCUUCUACCUGUCCGUUAAUUUGAGGGCUACUGCGAGGGAGACUUUGGAGAACCAGAUGCAGAUGUUGCAGGAGAUGCGCGACAUGCGAAUAGACAUCAAAGCGAUCGGAGACGCUUCGAGUACAAAUGAAGUUCAAGCAGGCUUCGGUUCUCUAGCAAUGGAGUAUCUCACCAGCGGCUUGCAUCAACGCCAGAAGCUCAAGUCUGAGCUCAUAGAUGCCUUGAUCGCCCGUAUCCACAAUUCUGAGGCCAAAGCACCCUCAGAUUCCUCAAGCAUCCAGCUAUCGCCACAGAGACGACAACAUUUGGAACAGAUUUUCAUCUCGAGAGUCCGAUAUGGUACCAUACAAGAGAGAGUGCUCACGAUAAAGGAAGCUCACAAGGGAACAUUUCGCUGGAUCUUUAAUGACAACAACGCUGGGAUUCCACCGAUUGGCUUCAAAGAGUGGCUUGCAUCCGACGGUAGCCUCUACUGGAUCACCGGGAAGCCAGGCUCAGGAAAGUCCACGCUGAUGAAGUACCUCCUUCAACCUAUUGACGGAUCGAGCCAUGAGAACAGAUGCAACGGGUACUUGCAACAAUGGGCGGGAGACCAGAAGCUCACGAUUGCCACGUUUCAUUUCUGGGCCAUUGGGUCAGACAUACAGGCGAGUAAAGAAGGAUUGCUUCGGACCCUGCUUGUUCAGCUUUUUCGCGCGCACCCAGAGGUUAUUCCACUUGUUGCUUCGUCGCGUUGGGAAUCUUUGUGCCUUUUUAAUGAAGACCCCAAGCGUUUGAGUCAAGAGGAAUUGGAGGACAUGUUUCGCCAUGCAGUGAAAUAUGUCAGCUCCCGAGCAAAGCUUGCACUAUUUAUCGAUGGCUUGGAUGAGUUUGAUGGUGAUUGCAGUGCUCUUAUAUCCCUGGUACAGGAGUGUAUCGCAUCUCCAAUUAAAGUCUGCGUCUCAAGCCGUCCUUGGACAGAAUUUGAGAAUGCUUUCAGAGAAUAUCCCAGGCUGAAGAUGCAACAUCUCACUUACGACGACAUCACCAAAUACGUCGUCUCCAAAUUCGAGGCAAAUCAUCAGUUCGCAAGGUUUCGAAAACUACAUCCUCAAUUUGCUAGUACUUUGAGCCACUCAAUCGCCGACAAAGCGAGUGGUGUUUUCUUAUGGGUCACCAUUGUUGUCGCGUCACUCUUGGCUGGGAUGAUGGCUGGCGACCGAGUUGAAGAUCUCGAGAACCGGCUCAAUCUCCUCCCAUCAGAAAUGGAUGAUCUUUAUGGGAGAAUGGUUGAGACUAUUGAUCCUUUAUACCGCGAACAUGCUGCCCAACUCUUCAGGCUGGUCAGCGCAAGCAAAGAGCCGCCUUCGCUGCGCAUUUUGUGGUACGCGGACGAGGUUAAGUUUUUGGACCGGGCCAUCGAUGAAGACCCGAGUGCUGUCCCGCUUGAGGAGGUGAUGGGCCGACUGGAAGAUAUGCGGCUUCGUAUCGUCAGUCGGUGCAGGGGGCUACUCGAGGUUUAA